ACAUGUCACACAGUCGCUAACAGGGAUGGAGAAACUUAUUCAGUCAUGAAGAAAGGUUGCGUGAGCAGAGGGCAGUGUAUCCCAGGUUGCGAGGACGGUGUGUGUACGUUCUGUUGCGAAACAAGCAAGUGUAACAACGUAUCUUACGGGCCCAUCGAAGGUUCCUGUGAUGUGAGAAAAUUUUCACAGUGUCUGCUGUCUAUCGGUGUUGAGUAUGCGGAAAACAAUAGACUUGAGUGCAGUAAAGCAGAGCUGGCGCUAGAGUGUGUGAGGAAAGUGGAAAAAGACUGUGAGCUGGGCGGAAAUGUAGAAUUGACUAAGAUCAUGCAAAGUAUCAACAUCUCCAUCGAGGUACAGCAAUGUCUCAUCAAAGAAUCGAAUCAGACUUGCUCCCAGAAUCCUAUCCUGACCAGCUACAACUAUAUCUACACUUUUGGAGCCACCCUAAGAAAAGAUGAGCUCUGCAGAGUGUUGCGCGAGAACAGAGAACAACUUAAGAUAGCCAACAGAACCUGUACCGUGGGUGAGUUCCGAGCAAUCAACAGGACAAUGCUGGAUGUAGAGAAUCUGAUCGGGGACAUCAACUGCUCCAGCUCCACUGGAGACGUGGUCAGCAGUAGAUGCACCCCAGUCAAGGCGAUUGAAUGCGCUUUGGUUGUUAUGAACGUCACAUCAAUCGAUAGCAUCACCUCACUGACAUGCAC